CGACAACCCAAGAUAUCAUGGCGAAGGGCAAAGGGAAAAGCUCUGUAGGAGCUGCAGAUUCCGGUGCUAUGUCGACCGAAGCUGCUGCAGUCGCAGCCGAUAUUCUCCCCAAUUUUGAUUCCAGUGUAUUUGCUGGUCUGCGGCAAAAGAUCGAACAAAAGUUGAACGCCGAGAAGAGCGGGCCGAAGAAUAAGGCGAAGGGCAACAAGGCAAAGGCUUCUGACAAUGUUUCUCCAAAGAAAAGCACAGAGACCGAUGCCAAGUCCACGUCGAAACAAAGCUCUGCCAAGGGGAAGAAGCGAGAUCGCAAUGGCGAGGUAAUUGCUCAGGAGAACAAGAGCGCGAAAGACGCCAAAGAAUCGAAAGCCCAGGGCGAUGAUGAGAACGAAACACUGCGCCAAGAGAUCCUUGCACUUGGCGGCGACAAGGAGGACUUUGAUUUGAUUGCCGAUAUCGAUUCGGAGGAAGAAUUAGAGGUCUCCGAGGAAACCCCCGCAAAAUCGAAGAAUUCAAAGAAGGAUGAUUCACUACGAAAGGAGUUGGCAAAGUUGCUGGAGGCAGCCGGGCAAUUUGUGCCAGCAGACAUCCAGGAAGGGGAUGUAGAUGAGGAGGAGGAGGAGGAAGGAGAAGACGAGGAUGAGAAUGAUGAUCAGGAAGAUGAGGAUGAUGAAGAUGCGGUUGAGAAUGACGAAGAAACUUCUCCAGAGCCCGCUCCAAAGCCAGCAAAGAAAGAAAAGGAGGCUCCGGUGAAGACAGAACUCGUUGUUCCCAAGGAAUACUCAAAACUUAUCGUUCCUCCGAGGUCUGACUGGUACAAUACCACUCUCCCGUCGGUGCCAACCUCUUCCAAGUCAGCGAACUCACUGCCUCGUCAUAUCGUGGACCGCGUUCUUGAAUUUGCCAACUCACUCCUCGAAAAGGAGAGCAAGAUGUAUGCCGAUGCACAGCAAAGCUUAGCCUCAUCUUCUCACAAAUUCUACACCACCAUAAUGACUUCAGGAACCUUGAGUGACAAGAUCUCUGCACUGACUCUUGCUGUGCAAGAAUCGCCUCUGCAUAACACCAAAGCCUUGGAGAACCUGGUCGGUCUGGGCAAGAAAAGGAGUCGUGCACAGGCUGUGGAAGUGUUAAGGUCUCUUAAGGAUAUGUUCGCACAAGGCACACUGCUUCCUGGCGACCGCCGAUUGAAGUCAUUCGGCAACCAGCCUAGUCUUGUGUCUGCAUUCCAAGGCCAUCCCAAAUGGUCUGAGAGGGAUCCCCUUCCCGGUGGCCUUCAGAAGAGCCACUUGGUGAUUUGGGCCUUUGAGCAAUUUCUCAAAGACCAGUAUUUCGAGAUUCUCAAGAUUCUCGAAGUCUGGUGUAAUGAUGAGAUUGAAUUCUCACGCUCUAGAGCCGUGACCUAUGUUUACGAACUGCUCAAGGAGAAACCAGAGCAAGAGUCUAACCUUCUUCGCCUUCUUGUCAACAAACUUGGUGAUCCGAGCAAAAAGAUCGCCUCUCGCGCUUCGUAUCUGCUCCUUCAACUGGAGCAGGCCCACCCGAUGAUGAAAGCCACCAUCAUCUCCGCUGUGGAGGAAUUGCUCUUCCGGUCUGGUCAAAGCCAGCAUGCGAAGUACUAUGCAAUCAUUACUCUCAACCAGACUGUUUUGAGUAUGAAAGAGGAAAAUACAGCCCUUCAAUUGCUUGAUAUCUACUUCUCUAUGUUUGUCAUUCUCCUCAAGCCUGUCAAAGAAGAAAAAAAUAAGGGCAGCAAGUUCGGCAAGAAAGGAAAGUCACAAAAGGGGAAACCUAACCAGACUCAAGGCAUGAGCCCAGAUGAGGAGAUGCGUGACAAGUUAGUUUCAGGGAUUCUGACCGGUGUCAACCGAGCUUAUCCAUUCACCAACUCGGACUCGGAUCGCAUGUCUAAACAUAUCGACACCCUUUUCCGCAUCACUCACUCGUCAAACUUCAACACCAGCAUCCAAGCUCUCAUGUUAAUCCAGCAACUAACAUCGUCCCAUCAAGUCGCUGCCGACCGCUUCUACCGGACUCUGUACGAGUCUCUUCUUGAUCCUCGUGUUGCGACGUCAUCAAAGCAGGCUCUUUACCUGAAUCUUCUGUUCAAAGCACUGAAGAGUGACUUGAACGUACGCCGAGUCAAGGCUUUCGUGAAGCGUAUCGUUCAAGUACUCGGGUUGCAUCAGCCAUCGUUCAUCUGCGGCAUUUUCUAUCUGGUCCGGGAAUUGGAGAAGACCUUCACUGGCAUCCAGUCUCUGUUCGAUCAGCCGGAAGAUAACGAAAGCGAUGAGGAGGAAGUUUUCAGAGACGUGCCUGAUGAAGAUGACGAAGACAAGGCUCCGGAGCCUGUAAUCACCGAAGAGAAGCCAAAGAAGGCUACCAACGGCUACGAUCCUCGCAAGAGAGACCCAGAACAUAGCAACGCCGAUAAGACAUGUCUAUGGGAAUUGCAGCUUCCUUACCUUUCACACUUCCAUCCUUCCGUCUCCGUCAAUGCAGCGCAUCUGCUGCAGCAUGAGACCAUGAGCGGAAAGCCCGAUUUGACACUGCACACCCUGACGCACUUCCUCGACCGCUUCGUCUACCGAACACCUAAGGCAUCUGCAGUGGUCCGGGGCUCGUCCAUCAUGCAGCCUCUUGCUGGCGGUGAUGCCAAGGACCUCCUUGUCGCGUCUAGCAAGGGUGUUCAAAACCUGCCCGUCAACUCGGAGGCGUUCUGGAAAAAGCAGGCGGACGAAGUGUCUGCCGAAGAUGUGUUCUUCCACGAGUACUUCAACCGACUCGGCAAAGACAAGGACAAGGCGGCCAAGGCCAAGUCGAAAUCCUCUGCGGCUGGCAAGGACGUCGAUUCCGAGGGUGAACUCAGCGAGGAUGAAGAUGCGAUUUGGAAGGCCCUUGUGGACUCGCGACCCGAGCUGGAGGCCGACGAUGAGGACGACGACCUUGACAUGGACGAUCUCGACUCUGAAUUUGACUAUGAUGAGGAUGAAGAAGACGCUGGCGAAAACCUGGACGAGGAUGACGACGGAGGUAUUAUUUUCAACGACGAGUCGGACGAGGAGCUCGACGUUCUCGACGAAGAGGAGGAGGAGCUCGACGUUCUUGAUGAAGAGGAGGAGGAAGAGGAAGAAGAAGAAGAAGAGGUGGCCAAGCCGGCCAAGACGAAGAAGAGCACAGCUGCCAAGACGAAGAAGAGCGCAGCUGCCAAGGCCCCCUCCGACGACGAAGACGACGCCUUUGACAUGGACGUGUCGGACGAGGAAGCCUUCCUGGACAGCGACGAAGAUCUACCGUCUGAUAUGGAACUUGGCGGCGGCGUUGCCCUGCCAGAAGCCAAGGACGAACCUUCUGGACGACAGAAGAGACGCAAGCUCAAGCACCUGCCUACCUUUGCAUCUGUGGAGGAUUACGCGGCCCUCCUGGCUGAUGAGGAUGAUGGAAUGUAG